AUGGGAAAAUGGCUCGGAGGGAAUUAUGUUUGUGAAGUGAGAAGUGAGAAGGCGAAGCAGCAAUUUGUUUCCCAAUUUUCAAUGNCCUCAUUUUCAAAUUUGGUAGAUAAAUUCUCCGGUUUCUUCGCAAGUAGCAAGCGAAUCAGAAAGACAGCCGCAUCAUUCAUGCAGAUGCAUCAAGGACCCAAUGAGACACUUCGCAAUUUCAUGACUAGAUUCAAUAAGGAAAGGCUUCAGAUCCCCGAUCUACAUAUUACAGUAGUAGUCUUAGGUCUGACAUAUGCCAUUAAGUGUGAAGUAUUCAAGAUGUCUCUGUCUAAGACUCCACCAAAGUCAAAAAGGCCACAUGAGUCCAAUCUGCAACAAGAUACACAUGGGGUCAAGCCAAGGCAAGACCCCUCCUCGACAUCCUUCACCCGCUUGAACACAUUGAGAUCCAACAUUCUAAUGGAGAUCAAGGAUUUGAAGGAACUUAAUUGGUCUCCUAGAUUGCGAUCUCCACCCGAUACUCAUGAUAAUAGUAAGUAUUGUGAUUUCCAUAGGGAUCAUGGACAUACAACAGAAGAUUAUUUUACUUUAAAGCAUGAGAUUGAAGCUCUUAUAAAAAGGGGGUUUUAG